GAAUCGAUGCUGAGGAUGACGUCAUGCUCGUUGUUUCGAAUGUGUGGAGCUAGCGCUCGCUGGGUAGGAGGCCGCGCGCUCUGCUGGGGGACACAACUUCACCAGAUCUUCACCAGAUCUCCAGCUCUCCACCAGACCAGAGGUCGUCUUCAGCCGCCGGUAACCGUGAACCCCAGGAAUAUCCUCUCCCAUCCCCCUUACCCCCUCUGUCAGAGCAUGGCUCAGGAGACCAAUCAGACGCAGGUGCCAAUGCUUUGCACUAUGGGAUGUGGUUUCUAUGGUAACCCCCGCACCAACGGCAUGUGCUCGGUCUGCUACAAGGAACACCUGCAGAGACAACAGGGAGGGGGGCGAUCCAGCCCCCCGGGAGAGAAAGCUGCUACAUCACCGGCAGGAUCGCCAGGGUCGGCUGGUGUGACUGUGGAGAGUACAACCUCAGAGCCCAGUACAGAGGUGGCAGGAACCCCACCUGAGGAACAAACGAGCAGUCCCAGCUCUCCCAGCCCAGUAACUCAACAGAUGACAGCUAUGAGCAUCUCCCAGGAUUCAGGAGCCGUAGACUCUGAUCGAGCGGAGGCCGAGGAGGGAGAGGAGGAGGGUACUUCCAACAGCUCAGAGCCAGUGGAGGAAGCAGCACAGGCUUUGUCCGAUAGCGACCAAACUCCAGAUAAAAACAAGAAAAAGAACCGCUGCUUUUCUUGCCGGAAGAAAGUGGGCCUUACUGGUUUUGACUGUCGCUGCGGGAACCUGUUCUGUGCCAUCCACCGUUACUCUGACAAACACGACUGUCCCUACGAUUACCGGAGCGCAGCCGCUGCCCGCAUACGCAAGGAGAACCCCAUCGUGGUGGCUGAGAAAAUUCAGAAGUUAUGAGGACUGAGUGCAAAAACAACAAAAAGUCUCUGACUUUGUGAAUUUGAACAAUGGCGACUUGGAUGAAAAACACCUGAUAUCAUGGCUUCAUUUGUUCAUGGUAGUCUAAGACGGGCGGGGUUGGGGUGGUGAGGUUGCAGCCACUGUCCAGACGCUUCCCUUACUAGCAUCUCCCUCUCUCUCCACUAGUGACUGCAGCUGAGCGUUUCUGUGUGUGUGUGUGUGUGUGAGUGUUUGUAUGAAAGUGUGUGUGUGUGUGCGCACAUUUGCUUGAGAGUCGGGGAGAGCGCCGUAGGGGCCUGGCGGACAUUAGUGUUGCUGUGGGGAGGGAAGGCUUUUGAUUUUAGCCCUUUUUGUUUCUCAACUUGGGGGAUCGUGUGGUUUUAUUUUUAUACAAUCCCUGUAAGGCAGUUGAAACGAGACAGGGGUAAGCUGUUGAGGAAUGUGUCACGGCCUGGAUAACGACACAGAGGUCAAUUAAGGUCUAACAAGUUAAAAAAAAAAACCCAACUGGGAGAUUUCAUGUAUCAGCAAGACCUUUUAAGGGCUUUGGAAUAUUUUUUUUUUUCUCCCCCCAGACUGAAAAUGAUGUCAACUUCUUGUCAAAUUGGCAUAUUUUUUUCCCCCCUCCCACCUCUCUAUGGGUCACCAUACAUUGAACUCCCACAUCUCAGCAUUUUCCAGAAACGUUUCUCUUUGAUAUAUUGACUUAUCAUACUGAUAUUGGGUGCAUGAACAGUUAUUGGAGGGGGAAGGUAGGGGAGGGCAAGGGUAGGGGAAACUGAGAACCUUGACUUAACUGAGUGAUUGAAUUCUGUUUUUUUUUGUUUUUUUUCUGUUUUAAUGAGCGUAUGACAUCAGAAGAUCUAUAUUAAUAUAUUGUAGUUAGCUUGAAUUGUGUGAUUGCAUUCUAUUUAUUUUUUAUCGUUUGGUUGGUCUGUGCUGGAGGAUUGGCAGCAUGUGUCAGCAAAUCAUUAAGAUUUGCACUUUAACCUUUUCAAUUAUAUUUAAGUAAUUCCAUCUUGAUUAUAUAACCAUUGAAUAAAAAUAAAAAAAAUACACAAGCUCUGA